CAUCGUCCAGUUGACCCACGGACUGAGUUAUGUGGAAUCGGUGGAAAUUGAUGAAAAUGUCCUUGGUCCUGAUAAGUAUUAUCCAAUUUAUUUCCUCGUCAAAUUGUCAAAGGACGGCUCUUGAUAGCCCUGCAAACAUUCAGCUACUACGAAUUUUUAAGGAUUUUGGCUCAAGACUAAUAGGUAAUGCUAAUUUUGCACAAGCAAGAUUAUUGAGAGAUGCCAAAGAGCGUGACAACACCCAGUAUCGAAUCCCCGAUAGCUUCCCAUUUCCCUGCAACACAACAGCUGGCAGAUCAACAACAGUGCCGACUUCAGUGAAUAAAUUACGACCUGGGGAUAUCGAUGUGAUUGGUGCGAUGGGGGAUUCUCUGACUGCUGGCUUCGGAAUAUAUGCGACAAAAUUUUUGGAUAUGUUUAUCGAAAAUCGGGGAAGUUCGGCCUUCGGAGGGGGUCAAGGCACAUGGCGAGAUACAUUGACUCUUGCCAAUAUCCUCAAGGAAUUCAACAAGAAUCUGUUCGGAUUUGCAACGGGAGAUGCGUGGAGUCAUCAUCCUGCGUCUCAAUUCAACGUAGCUGAAAGUAUAUCGAUGUCAAGAGACUUGCCAUACAUGGCACAAUGCCUCAUCAAACGAAUGAGGAAUGAUCCUCGAGUUGAUCUGCUGAACCAUUGGAAACUGGUGACGAUUUUCAUUGGCGCCAAUGAUUUCUGCUCCAACAUGUGCUGGAUUCCUUCAGCCUGGGCCUCCCUCGAUAAUCACAAGGCCGAUAUGAUGACAACCCUUCGACUUCUCAGGGACAAUUUACCUCGUACUCUAGUUUCAAUAGUGCCACCUCCACACAUGCAGACCCUAGUGGAAAUGAGAGGGCGAUCCAAACUCUGUCGGAUUACAACAGAUUUUGAAUGCUCUUGCAUGUUUGGGUUAACCUUCAGACAUCGGAGAGAAGAGUUCUACGAGAUAAAUCGAAGAUGGAUAGCUUUAGAUGAAGAGAUCGGCACCUAUUCCGAAUUCCAGACUAAAGACUUCGCUGUUGUUAUUCAACCAUUCACAACGAAUGUCCAGUUCCCAACAUUGCCAGAUGGAAAAACAGAUUUUCGAUAUCUUUCAGCUGAUUGCUUUCAUCUCAGUCAAAUUGCAAAUGCACGAACUGCAUUUUCCGUUUGGAGAGAUUUACUAGAACCUGUCAGCAGCAAGACUCGUUCCUGGGAUGAACUUGAUCCUGCCCUUGAUAAUUUUCCCUGUCCUACGAGGGAGAGGCCAUUUAUUGCAACAUUAGGCAACAGUUGAUACAGUUUCAC